UCAUAGACAGAGAGUGCGUUAGAGUUUGUUGAGAGAAAAGGAAAGGUAUAGAAAGAAGAGAGAGAAACAGACAAAAUUGUUAGAGAGAGAAACAGACAAAAUUGUUAGAGAGAGAAACUCACCCACUUCGAUAUGCCUUAAAGAAUUACAUUACAUUUCACCCAAACAACCAAGAACCUUUCUUGACCCUAUCAAAUUUCUCUCUUUUUUUGAAUUGUUGUUUCUUAUAUUCAUUCAAUCAAAAAAAUUGUUUCUUCUUUCAUCCCUUACAUCGACUUUUCUUCCAUUUUGUGGGAUUGAGUUUCUUCUUCUUGUUAUUAAAUCAAAUAUGGCCUGGGAAAGACACAUGCUUGAGUCCAGUUCUUUUGGGGUUUUAUCUUGCGUGAGCAACUUUUGUCUAGUUUAGUUGAUUGCUGCAUUUGAUUUCAGUUUUGGGUUCUUUAUCUUUAUACUGUAUAGGAAUAAAGAUUGAAUCUUUUUAGUAAGUUUUGGAUCCAAGCUAUUUUUGAGGGUUUGUUUUAGUCCAAAGAAAAUAAAGAAUGUACAUUGAAGAACUGAAGGAGGGGGGAGUAGUAAAGAGAGAGGAGAAGUUUUGUGAUGAUACUUGUGAAGGUUCAUUGGCUGUUUCGGAUACGAAAAGGGCUUUGGUUGGAGCAGGGGCUCGUGCUCUUUUUUAUCCUACAUUGCUCUAUAAUGUUGUGAGAAACAAGAUUCAGACCGAGUUUCGAUGGUGGGAUAGGGUUGAUGAGUUCAUACUGUUAGGAGCUGUUCCAUUUCCUGCUGAUGUCCCUCGCUUGAAGGCUUUAGGUGUUGCUGGAGUGGUUACCUUGAAUGAACCAUAUGAGACUUUGGUCUCAACAUCAUUAUAUCUUAAUCAUGGCAUCAAUCACUUGUUGAUUCCUACCAGAGACUAUCUUUUUGCACCAUCAGAUGGAGAUAUUGACCGAGCUAUAGAAUUCAUCCAUGGUUAUGCAUCUUGUGGUAAGACAACAUACGUACACUGUAAAGCCGGUCGUGGACGUAGUACAACCAUUGUCCUUUGCUACCUGGUCAAACACAAGGAUAUGACACCUGAGGAUGCUUAUGAUUACGUUAGAUCCAUCAGACCAAGGGUGUUGUUGGCCUCCUCGCAGUGGCAGGCUAUUCAAGAAUACUACAUAAGAGUAAAAAAUACUGAUAGUGAUGUUUGUGGAGAUGAUAAUUCAUUGAAAGUGGUUGACUUUCCAGCAGAAAAUGAAGUUUCUGCCUUUGAUGAUGGCUCGGUUGUUCUAGUCUCUGAAUGUGACCUUGAUGGAUAUGAUGAAAGCAUUGAGUCAGGUCUAACACGUAACGAAGGGUUAGUGGAUUUAAACCUUGCAUGUAGAGGAGUUCAAGUUGCUCGCCAGGCAGCAAUUUCUCGGCUUUCAUACCUCUGGCUCCGCUAUCAUUCAACGACCCAGAAACUAUCAACAAAGAAGCUGGGAAGUAUUGGCAUUGACAUCCAUGUUUAUUGAGAUGCCAUAUAUGUAGGUUAAGGGAGGCCUAGGUGUUGUCUGUUCUCCUUUUUUAUGGUGGUAAUGUUAGAUGCUUCCUCCCUUUUAACUUAAACUCCCUCCCCCUUUUUUCAUGUCUUGUGGGGAGCUACAUCAAAAUUGUUGCAAAUGUAACUCUCAAGUUGUGAGAAGCCAAGGAUUCAACAAGUAUGCGUAGUUUAAUAAUAUGAAGUGUCGCGAAAGGGCAUAACUGUAAUCAGUUGAGUUGUCUUUGAAAGGAAACGCGUGAGGCAUGUAUUACUGAACUUUGAUGUGUCUAAUGCAACAUCUUUUUAUUU